AUGACGGCGGAACAAACACCCCACGAGGCAAAAGUCGACACAAACGACGAAUUCACCAUUGAGAAGCCAUCGGAUGGCCAUGUCGAAAGUAUCCGGCGGACCCAGCAGCAUUAUGAGAUCGAUCCUACUUUGAGCAAGAAGCUCGAUCGGAAUUUCGAUAUCCACAUAGUUCCCUGGCUCUUCGGAAUAUGGUUAUUCGCCUUCAUCGAUAGAAGUAACAUUGGCAACGCCAAGAUCGACGGUCUCACGGAAGACCUCAACAUGUCCACUGGCACAAAGUUCAACAUCGCUCUUCUGGUCUUCUACAUCCCAUACAUUCUCGUUGACGUUCCCAGCAAUUGGAUCGUCAAAAAGGUUCGCGCGGGGAUAUAUCUCCCUACGUUGAUAACCUGCUGGGGGAUUGUCAGUACCUUUCUGGGCUUCACCAAGUCCUUCGCUGGUCUGGUUGUCUGCCGUCUGCUCCUCGGUUUAUUCGAGGGAGGACUUCUUGGUGGAAUAGUGGUCUAUCUUGCGAUGUUCUAUCGGCGUCAUCAGAUGCUCAGAAGAAUCGGUCUCUUCUACUGCGCAGCACCUCUCAGUGGAGCCUUCGGUGGCCUCUUGGCAACUGGUCUGGCUAGCAUCCGGUAUGGGGGAUACAACCGGUGGCCGUGGAUAUUCUUCAUUGAGGGGGCCAUCACGACCGUCUUCGGAAUCACUUGUUUCUUCUUCAUGCCCAGCACGCCCGCCGACGCGAGGUUUCUAUCCCCGGACGAGCGUAUCCAGGCCAUGAGACGUCUUAAAGAAGACUCCCACGGUGCCACUGAAGUUGAGGAUGUCAACGACGAGCGCUUCAGCUGGCAUUGGGUCAGGAUGGCAGUGCUCGCACCGCAAACAUAUUUCUGCGCUCUGGCUUGGAUCUUCUUGCUGAUUCCUCUUUAUAGCUUUUCACUGUUCUUACCGUCAAUCAUUCAAGGUCUCGGAUAUCGCAACACCACUCACGCUCAGCUGCUCACCGUGCCGCCGAACAUGGCCGCCUUCGUCGUCGUGCUUUUAACCGCAUCUCUGUCGGAUAGAAUCAAAGCUCGAGGGCCGAUCAUGGCUGUCGGAAAUCUAGUUGCUCUGUGCGGAUACAUCAUGAUCCUGGCCUCGAAGUCGAAUGGUGUGCGAUACGGAGGGACGUUUCUCAUCGCAACAGGCGUAUAUCCGGGCUCAGCAAUGAUUAUGGGAUGGCUUUCGAACAACUUGGCUCCUCACUAUGUCCGCGCAACCGGCGUGGGACUGCUUAUCGGUUUGGCAAAUAUGGCUGCCUUUCCCGCCACAUUCAUCUACCUCCAAAAGAACGCGUAA